UAGCUUUUCAGUUUGGAAAUCGAACUACAAUCUCCAAUCAUAGUAACUUUUUCCCUCACCUCGUUCCAAUUCAAACUAGUGGCACUUUGGAAAAUAUGAGCCGAUCCAUGUCCACAUUGGUCCCAACCUCUGCCUCCACUAACACCAUUGUAUAUAAACCUUUCCCUUUUCUUUUCAACUGUUCAAACUUUGCCAACAAAACCAAAAUCACUUCGUAUCUCUCGCUCUCGACAUAUUCCGUUUAUUUGAAACCCUACGGUUAGGUUCACAAUCAACAACAACCACUAGCGCAGUACAGUUAGUGCAGUACAGUGCUUCUUAGUUCGUACGGUUCCCGUUUAUUGCUUCUGAAACGAUGUCGUAUCGACCAACCGGGAACUCCAGAACCGAUGUUCGCCGGAACCGAUACAAGGUGGCAGUAGAUGCCGAAGAAGGUCGGAGACGGCGGGAGGACACCAUGGUGGAGAUCCGCAAGAAUAGAAGAGAAGAGAGUUUGCAGAAGAAGAGGCGCGAGGGUCUUCAACCUCAGCAACAGAUACCUUCAUCCGGUCACUCUACUCUCGUAGAGAAGAAGUUGGAGCACCUACCGUCAAUGGUUGCCGGUGUUUGGACUGAUGAUAAUAACCUGCAGCUGGAGGCAACGACGCAGUUUCGGAAGCUACUUUCGAUUGAACGUAGUCCACCGAUUGAGGAGGUUAUACAGACUGGUGUAGUUUCUCGCUUUGUUGAGUUUCUGAUGAGGGAAGACUUUCCACAGUUGCAGUUCGAGGCAGCUUGGGCUUUGACAAAUAUAGCUUCUGGAACAUCUGAAAACACCAAGGUGGUAAUUGAUCAUGGGGCUGUCCCAAUUUUCGUGAAGCUCCUUGCUUCUCCUAGUGAUGAUGUCCGUGAACAGGCAGUGUGGGCCUUAGGUAACGUUGCUGGGGAUUCUCCCAGAUGCCGUGAUCUUGUUCUCAGUCAUGGUGCUUUGCUUCCUUUGUUGGCACAACUAAAUGAGCAUGCCAAGCUUUCUAUGCUUAGAAAUGCUACCUGGACACUUUCAAACUUCUGUAGGGGGAAGCCACAGCCUCCUUUUGAUCAGCAAGUUAAGCCUGCACUUCCUGCUCUUGCCCGUCUUAUCCAUUCAAAUGAUGAGGAGGUAUUGACUGAUGCAUGUUGGGCACUUUCAUAUCUUUCUGAUGGAACAAAUGAUAAAAUUCAAUCUGUAAUUGAAGCUGGUGUUUGUCCCCGACUUGUUGAGCUUCUUCUGCAUCCUUCACCUUCAGUGCUGAUUCCUGCUCUUCGGACUGUUGGAAAUAUUGUCACUGGAGAUGAUAUGCAAACUCAGGUUAUUAUCAACCAUCAGGCUCUUCAUUGCCUUCUGAAUCUGUUGACUAAUAAUUAUAAGAAAAGCAUCAAGAAGGAAGCUUGCUGGACCAUAUCAAACAUCACCGCUGGGAAUAAACAACAGAUUCAGGCUGCGAUUGAUGCUAAUAUAAUUGGUCCUUUGGUCAAUCUGCUUCAAAAUGCUGAGUUUGAUAUCAAGAAAGAGGCUGCUUGGGCCAUCUCAAAUGCUACAUCUGGUGGUUCUCAUGAACAAAUCAAGUACCUGGUAAGUCAAGGGUGUAUUAAGCCCUUGUGUGAUCUUCUUAUCUGUCCUGAUCCUAGGAUUGUGACAGUUUGUCUGGAAGGCCUUGAAAACAUCUUGAAGGUGGGAGAAGCUGAUAAAAAUUUAGGCAAUACUGGUGACGUGAAUCUAUAUGCUCAAAUGAUUGAUGAUGCUGAGGGGUUGGAGAAAAUUGAGAACCUCCAGAGUCAUGACAACACAGAGAUUUACGAAAAGGCUGUGAAAAUUCUUGAGACAUACUGGUUAGAGGAAGAAGAUGAGACUAUGCCUCCAGGGGAUGCUUCUCAGUCAGGGUUCAACUUUGGUGGCGCUGAAGCUCCUGCUGUGCCUUCCGGUGGAUUUAACUUCAAUUAGAAGACAUUUGUGCUUCUACUGGGGAGUUUUGGCUGGUCUAUCAUUAAAGUCCUCCAUUAUGACGGGACAACAAUUGGGGGACAAGUCCAUGUCCUGUCACUGUCCUUGGGUCGUACAAGGUCCAGCAUUGGUAAAUAGAUGGUUGCUGGAUUGGCUUGGGUUUUUCAUAUCUCAUGUGAAAAAUGCGUCGUGGCUAUAUUUUUUCGCCACUGUAGAGAAUACUAUAAUUCUCUUUCUGCCAAGUGAUUAUUCCACAGAAUUAAUUAAUGUUCAGUCUCGUGAUUUUUCCUUUGUUAUAUGUCAGAAUGGGAAUCAGUUACAGUUACGAUUGUGGGUUUUUUGGCAAAUGCCAAAUGCUAUUACCUGUCCAUUACUAUAGUAGGAAUGUUUGAGUCUGCUUUACCCCCCUCCCCUUGUAAGCCUUUUUUUGUCGGUGAAGUUCCCACCAAAGUUCAAUUAUUCAUUACGUUGUCUUGGUCCUGGUACAUUUUGUAGUACUUUAGUACUAUGUUUUCAAUAGAAAAUAUCAUGCAGCAAUUAUUGUGCAUU